AACCGAGUCCUUCCAGCCUGAUCGGGGGGCGUGGCUCAGCAGAGGAAAGGCUGCUUUUCUUGGAGGAGCCGCCGGGAUCACUUUUCGGCGGAGGGAUCCUUAACCGCGGGGAAAGCCUCCUAUAGGAGCCGAUGCCCCUGUCUUCUGAGAUGGACCCGGUGCUGAAAGCCUUUGUUUGUGGUUCCAUCAGUGGGACGUGCUCUACCCUGCUGUUCCAGCCUCUAGACCUGCUUAAAACUAGAUUACAGACCCUUCAACCUGCUGUCAAUGGGUCAGGUCGAGUUGGGUUGGUAACUCUGCUCUUUAAGGUUGUUCGCACCGAAAGUAUACUGGGGUUGUGGAAAGGCGUUUCUCCUUCCUUUGCAAGAUGUAUUCCUGGUGUGGGGAUUUACUUCAGUACUUUAUAUAUGAUAAAACAGCAUUUUCUGCUGGAUCGCUCCCCUACGGCACUGGAGUCUGUUUUUCUGGGUGGAACCUCGCGCACAGUCGCUGUUGUUUGUAUGUUGCCUAUCACCGUGGUGAAAACACGGUACGAGAGCGGACGGUAUGGUUAUGAAAGCGUACAAGGUGCCCUCCGAAAUAUCUAUCGAUCGGAAGGCAUUCAGGGCUUGUUUAGUGGCCUGGCAGCAACACUCCUCCGUGAUGCACCUUUCUCUGGCAUCUAUCUGAUGUUCUACGUACAGACCAAAAAGAUAGCUCCGUAUGACCAAGUUGAUCCAUCCCUUGUGCCUCUUGUGAACUUUGGCUGUGGAAGCAUUGCUGGGAUUCUGGCAUCACUAGCUACUCAACCUGCUGACGUUAUAAAGACCCAUGUGCAACUGUCAUCUGAAAAACACCUUCGAACAGGCCAAGCAAUGGCCUUAAUCUUCAGGGACUAUGGAUUGACUGGUUUUUUCCGUGGUGCCGUCCCAAGGGCCUUGCGGCGCACACUGAUGGCAGCAAUGGCAUGGACUGUAUAUGAACAGAUGAUGUCUAAAAUGGGGUUGAAAUCCUGAAUGGGCGACUUGGACUGGAGGAGUUUGUUUGAAGAAGACUGUUUGCUCUUCUGGUCACUAUGAUUUCCUGGCAUUCACUACCUGGGAGCUGACUUAUUCUCAUAGAUAUGGAAACACUAUAGAUUCCUGAGAUGAAGAACCAGGGACUUCAGGUGUGUCAAGAUGGGAGAAUCAUUCCAGGAAAACUUUAUCUUAACUGACUUGGAAAAGCACACAACCUGUUGUGUGCAGGUCUAAAUGAAGGCUCAACUCCUUCAGAGAAAUGUAUUUGGGAAGUCCUCCUCAUCCAAUUGUUCCGAGCAGCUUUUACAAAGAAUCCAAAAACAAGAGUGUAGCUGAGACUUUUGAUUCUAGCAAAGACAUUACUUUCCGUGUGGCUUUCGUCUUCAUAACUGUAUCUGUCUGGCUAUAUCUUCAAUGUGUAUUUAUUCUACAUCCACAAAAAGGAUAUAUAGGCGAGUCUUGCCAAGGAUUACUGAAAUGUCACUUUGUGCAUUGAUUGGUUACUACAGUGGUUUGUACACUGAGCUUUAAGAGUGAGUUAACCUUGUGCCUGACAGCAACACUAUGGGAAAUGAUCACAUUCCUUACAGCCGGACUGGGGAUUGUGUGGCUCUGUAGAUAUUGGUGGACUGCAUCUCCCAUGAUUCCGCAUCAUUUAUUGUCCUGACUAGAGAGCUGCAUGCUCCCUGUUCCUGUGUUAUGGGAAACUAUUAGUAUGCUAAACACUUUGAUAUAUAGGCACUUGAUCUACAUAAAUGCUCUUUUUAAAGCACUUCUAAAGGUUUUUUGUCCUUUCAUUUGUGCUUGAAAUAUACCUCUUUUUAACCAUUUAAGCUGGCACAGAUUCUUCUCAAGCUAAGGUAUUAUCUGUCUAAACCAGAAGAGCAGAUGUUAUUGGACAUCUUUGACCAUCAGCCCUGGUCAGCAUCACCAAUGGUCCUGACCCUUGAAGUUCUACUCCAAUGUUUGGAAAGCCUUUCAAAUGUCUCAUUUCAUGGACUAUAAAAAUGUUGCUGUCAGGCUGCUCAUUAGCUGAGCAUUGCUUCUUACUGUGCGUUCUUUACUCCAAGGAUCAACCUUGGAGAUUAUGUUGUAGUAUUAUCGUUGUCUUAGGACAACCUGCAGAUGUUCCCAUCCUUCUCAGCCAAGCAAACCCAUGGGCAAAGUGAUGUGUGUGACAGCCUAGCAUGUUUGAGGAAGGUUGUUUGAAUAUGAAUGAGGACUAUUAACACCUUUUCUGACUGUAAGUCCCAGCUAGCAUUCAGUAGUUAACGAAUAAUGGACUUCACAGUGGAACAGCAGCUGGAGCACCACUCAUUGAGCAAGGUUGUUCUAGAAGAAUAGCUCGGAGUGGGCAAGAAAUAUAAAACAGAGGAAGAAAAUCAUUUGAAGUAAUGACAUGAUUAUAAUUGUGUAGCAGGGCUUCCAUGUUAGUGAGAAGCUUCCUUAAUUUUCCCAAAGAUGUGAGACUUGAUGCCUAAUUAGAGAACUUGAAUAUUUGAACCAUGACUCCAUUUGAUUUCUGAGUGUCUUCAACCAUCUCUUUUGUUAUUAAAGCAACGGAUAUUUUUGAAAAAAAA